AUAAUAUCAAAACACUAUUAGUUGAACUAUGAAUUCAGAAUUGUGACUGGUUACAACUUUAAAUAUUCACUAGUGUUAAUCUUUUAUAAUAAUUUGAAACGUAUCUAAUAGAUUGUAAGUAGACACGUAAAUAUCUGUUUAAUACAACGUAAUCUGAUUUAUAACGAGAUAAGUAGUUGAUAGGCAUUCUAAUAGAGUAUCUAGACUUUAGUUGGACAUUGAACUCUGCGGACUGCAAGUGUAUAUAAGAUAAUUUAAUAAUUAUUAUCCAGAUCGGGGUAGUAUUUUAGAAACAAAGGAUGCUUCUUAGAAACAUAUUUAUUAAGAAAAUGCCUCUAAUAUUAGCUCAGCAUGUAAGUACAAAAACUUUUCAUAGUUCAAGAUUAAAGGGAAAAGUUGCCAUUAUUACAGCCUCUACAGAUGGAAUUGGAUUUGCCAUAGCAAAACGUCUUGGAAAUGAAGGUGCUUCAAUUAUAAUUAGUAGUCGGAAGGAGGAAAAUGUAAAAAAGGCAACAGAAGAACUUCGCAGAGAUGGUAUCCAAGUUGAAGGUGUGGUUUGCCAUGUUGGAAAUGAAGAUCAAAGAAAACAAUUAUUUGAAACGGCUAAAAGCAAGUUUGGUGGACUAGAUAUUUUAGUAUCGAAUGCAGCUGUCAACCCUUCUGUGGCUGACACAUUAGAGACUGAAGAGAAGGCCUGGGACAAAAUAUUUGAAAUAAAUGUAAAGUGUUCUUGGUUAUUAGCAAAAGAAGCUUACCCAGAAUUGAUUAAACGAGGUGGAGGCAGCAUUGUUUUCAUAUCAUCAAUUGCUGCUUAUCAACCUAUGCAGCCUUUAGGUGUGUACAGUGUAAGUAAAACGGCUCUGGUAGGGCUUACAAAAGCAAUUGCUAAUGAAGUUGUAAGGGAAAACAUUAGAGUAAAUUGUGUGGCACCAGGCAUUGUUGCUACAAAAUUUGCAUCUGCAAUAACAUCAUCUGACUUAGGAAAAGAAACAUCUUUGUCAAUAGUACCCAUGAAAAGAUUCGGAAAACCUGAUGAAAUAGCUGGUGCUGUUGCCUACUUGGUCUCAGAUGAUGCUACCUAUAUGACAGGAGAAACCCUUGUUGUUGCUGGUGGUACUCAUUGCAGAUUAUAAUUCAAAAUAACUUAUAAGACUACAAUAUUUUAUUUUCAUAAAACUAUAUUUUUAUAUAAGGGGGUAUUCUUAUUCAUCAUCAUCAGAAUCUAAUAAAUCGGUUUUAUUAAU